UUGUAGUAAAUAUAACUGUUAACACGUUGUGAGGUAACCGGACACCGCAGUGGUGACGUCAUCCGGUCCGUUGUAAUCCUACACCAGCAGCGUAGCUGUGCGCGCGAGAGAGACUGUGCGUUUGAAUCCUGAGAGCGUCGCGUGCCAAGCUCCAGCCUGAAACACAAGGAUGUAACCGCCACCCUGAGCCGGGUCUAUAAAAGCCCUCAGACACAUCUGUCUCUUUAAAGAAGCCUCUCAGAUGGCAGCAGGUUUUAGUCUCAAAUAAAACUCUCCACAGAUUGUCUACAUUUGUCAAGCACGCGAAAGGAAAACAAAUUGGAUUUACCUGAGAGUUUCGCUGUUAGUAUUUGCAACUGGCCAAACAUCAUGAUUCCACCUGGAGACUGUCUGUAUGCUGGGAGGAAGAGGAGAAAACCCAUUCAGAAGCAAAAACCAGCAGGAGUGAACCAGAAGUCGAACCCGUCUAAAAGACACCGGGACCGACUCAAUGCCGAGUUGGAUCGACUGGCCAGUCUGUUGCCCUUCACUCCAGAGGUCAUUUCCAAACUGGACAAGCUGUCAGUGCUGCGUCUCAGUGUGAGCUAUCUCCGCGUCAAGAGCUUCUUUCAAACUAUUCAGGAGAAAUCAAGCAAAAAGCAGAGCCAUGCAUCCUGCAGCCCGGAGCCCAAGAAACAUAGUCUAGGCAAGAGCGUUCUGGAAAGCGAUCUUCUGCUUGAGUCUUUGACAGGGUUUGCACUGAUUGUUAGCUCAGAUGGAGUCAUCUUCUAUGCUUCCUCUACAAUCACAGACUACCUGGGCUUCCAUCAGACUGAUGUGAUGCACCAGAACGUCUUUGAUUAUAUCCAUGUGGACGAGCGGCAGGAGUUCAGAAGACAGCUGCAUUGGGCCAUGAAUCCCCAGCAGGAACACCACUCUCCCUCAGGAACUGAUGAAGACUACAUGGUGAGAAGUCUGUUUAACACCCAAGAGCUAGACGGCGUCCCUACUGAACUGUCUCCGUUCCUCACUCGCUGCUUCAUCGCUCGAGUCCGCUGCCUGCUUGACAACAAGUCUGGCUUCCUGAGGAUGCAGUUCCAGGGCAGUCUGAAGUUCCUCCAAGGCCAGAAGAGGAAGAGUAAAACUGGAGCUUCACUGCCGCCUCAGCUGGCUCUGUUUUGUGUAGCCAUGCCUCUUGUCCUGCCCUCCAUCACCGAGCUCAAGAUAAAGGGCAUGAUGAAUAAACAGAAAGGUUUCAACAUCAGUGAAAAAAAGCACCACAUUUCUCCCACCUCUUGUAAUGCUGGCGACAUGACGCUUAACUGGCACAGUGGAUCGUGGGCGGCUCUCACCAAAGAAGGCCUCCAGUAUAAAAGUGAAGGCAUCUACGGCCAGGAGGAGCCCCUUAACUUCUGCGUGUCCUCUAUGGCGGCCCAUAAAAUGCAGCCAACGCAAGGUUCUUGGGACUCUCGGUGUCACUCUGCCUCACACAGCAGCUACUUCAGCAGCAAACUGGGGAAACACGUCCCGUCCGGAAAAUUCCGCUUCUCCCCAGGUGGCCCUGCUGCGAUAUCCCAGUGUAAGCAGUAUGGACUCACUGAUAAGGAUGAGUACUGUGGGUACAGGAAGACCGAGAGUAAAUACAUGGGCAGUAAUGAUUGUUACAGUAACCUACUGCUGCCUGAGAUCACCAUAAAGACAGAGCAUGACUCCGACUCGGAGAACGGAUGCAGCGUAUACAGCACGCCCCAAAAUGGCAGCUGGUGCUACAGCACGCCCUUCCCUGACACACAACAGGUCAAAACAGAAGCCGACUAUGAUGAGCACUAUAGCAAGCCUAGCAUCACGAAUAUCUCUAGCAUCAACGGACAUCACAAAUAUCUCUACGCAGUAGGGGGCAGGCCACUAAAAUGCGUCCUUAAUAAAGACCAUUCUGAUCCUCACAGCCUCCAGAGUACAAACUGCCAUGAGUACAUGAACAGCUCGGAGUCCAAAGUCUUUAUGCAGCCUGACUACAAGCUGAGCUAUGAAGUGAGGAGCCACAGUCGUCUUCACCCCAUCAAAAGAGAACCCAUGGACAAUCUACCCUGGAAUGAUGGCAGCCAUGAUGUUAUUCAAGAACCCGUGGACAGAAACAAGGCAAAUUGUGCACUCAAUACAGUGGUGCACAAAACCAGUGCCUAUUUGUAUAUGCAAUAAUCUUUAGAGCCAAACACGACAUUUUAAAGCUCAGGUAUAUAUCUUAUUGUAUCCACAUUCACUGGAUAUGAGCAAUCAUGCGCUCUGAUUGGCUACUCUACUAUUAGGAUAUCAGCUCAUAUACCGUGAGGAGAGAAAAGCAAAAUGGUGGUGUGCAUCAAAUCAGAUAUAUCGCUUUAUCAAGUAUUUAAAAGAAACAGAAAUGGCUAAAAUAAAAGAAUACAGUUCCCCCCCCCCCCCCCCCCCAUAUGUCCUGUUCCACACUCCAGCCCAGUCGGUGGCGCCAAACUGCCAAAAGAAAAGAAAAUGGUGGGGUGUGUUGCUGAACCAACCAAGGACAAAAUAAAAACUCUACUCGAAAACAACCCCCCCAAAAAAUACAAAAAAAAUAAAUAAAUAAAAGCAACAAAAUAUGGAAUAAAAGUAUUUGGUGGUAAGAACUUAUAAUUUUUUUUUAAUUUUUCAAGAAUUAUUAUUAUUAUUAUCUCAUUUUUCACAAAUUGCUCCUGUCAUUUCACCGGUUUGUUUACGUUCUAAGCGGAAAUUAUUUUGUCAGACAUUUUGAUAAAGUUUUUAUUUAUCGAAUUUGCAACAAAAAAAAUGCUCCGUUUCUUAAAAUCCUGUGAAAUGUGGAUAGAAUAAAAGUUAUUCCACUCAAUUUCAUCGCAUUUGAAUUUCAAAUACGCCCCGAGCCUCGUCAGCCAUCAGUGCAUAUCCGACUCAAUUUUGUGGAAUAACUGUUAAUUAUUCUAUCCACAUUCACUGGAUAUGAGCACUUGUGCGCUCUGAUUGGCUACUCUACUACUAGGAUAUCAGCUCAUAUACCGUGAGUAGAGAAAAACAAAAUGGCGGAGCGUGUUGCUGAACCAACCGAGGACGAAAUAAAAACUUGACUCAAAAACAAAACCCCAUAAAAUACAAAAAAAAGCAAAAAAUAUGGAAUAAAAGUAUUUGAUUGUAAGAACUUUUUUUUUUUUUAAUUUUUCAAGAAUUAUUAUUCUAGCAUUUUUCACAAAUUGCUCCGGUCAUUUCGCCAGUUUGUUUACAUUCUAAGCGGAAAUUAUUUUGUCUGACAUUUUGUAUCAAGUAUUUGUAUUUAUCGAACUUGCAAAAAAUAAAAAUGCUUUGUUUCUCAAAAUCUAGUGAAUGUGGAUAGAAUAAAACAGUUAUUCCACUCAAUCUCGUCAUACAUGGAUUAUAGCCAACUCGGUGCUACGUGCCUCGUCGGCUAUCAGCUCAUGUACGACUCGAUUUCGUGGAAUAACUGUUAAUUAUACACAGGUGUCAUAACACUUGUUUUUAAGGGCUAAUUCUCUAUUAUGGCACUUUAAAAAAAAAAAAUGAGUAUUUUGUAUUGUGGUGGAAAAAAAGAAUUAAACACGAUGCAACCCAGAACCUGAAGCAACAGAAGAAAUAGGUUUUAUUCAGUCUUCCAAGAUAGGGCUCUCACCAGAAAAAGAGAGAAUGUUUCUUCAGCGAAGAGCACAUCUCAUCCCUUUUGUGCUCGCUUUAUAGUCUGAAUAUGUGAAAACAUUGAAGUUAGGUGAGUGCGUGCAAACAUUAUCUAAUAGAUACCGAAUGAGUGCAAACAAUCUCAUCACGUACACACACACGGUGACAAUUUUUCUGCUUAGAUGGUUGAGAUUAAACAUUUAAACUUAAAAUCUUCUUAAACACUUAAAAAAUUUUCCAUUACAGUAUGUAAUAUUUGUAGCAUAACCUUUGCAGUUACCUAGUAGGCAAUUUUACAUCACUUACAGUUUGGAACUCUGUUGUAUAUUUCCUGUAUCGCAUCAUCCCACAGCCUGUUUUUUUUUUUUUAAAUGCACAGACCACAGAAAGAAGGCAAAAUUCCUUGGUUUUAUGGGAUGCUAUUGAUACCACAUUGAAUUCUCCAUUCUGAUUGGUCAGAAGAUGUUGAAUAAUUUUCUAUAACAGCAGCUCUGGGAGUUUUUCUAAUGUGUCGUCAUUUCUGUAGUAACAACUCGUUCACAGGGACUUGUAUGGCAGGUAUUUCACGUAAUAUCAGUGCUUUACAUCUACACAUUUAUCAUGAUCAGAUCAAGUUGCCAUGGUGAUUCUGCCCUGAUGGAAUGCUUGGCCCCCUCAUCACUGCUUGCAGCUAUAUUAAUAAAUACAUUUUAAAAAUAUGUGAUGUUAUUUAACAAAAAUACCUAAUCAUUAAUAUCGUCAUAUAAGGGUUUUGGGUUGUUGUUUUUAAAUAAGGAGAUGUUUAUUUGGCAGUAAUGGAAGGAGUCUCCAGUUUCAGUACAACCCCGAUUCCAAAAAAAGUUGGGACAAAGUACACAUUGUAAAUAAAAACGGAAUGCAAUCAUUUACAAAUCUCAAAAACUGAUAUUGUAUUCACAAU